AAAACAAACUAACAAACACCAAUAUGCUAGCUUUGUCCUCUUCUAUGUUUUCAACCUUUGGGUGGCCCUUAGAGGAGGACCUCAUAAGCCAUGAACAACACAACAACAACAACAACACUAUCUUCUACAUAGAAGCAGAAACUUCAGAUCAAUCUUUUCUUCACUUUCCUCCUCCUCCUACUUUGUCUCAGCCCUUAGCAAAUUCAAGUGAAUUCAAGCUUUCAAACGAAGUUUUUGGAGAUGCAACAAUGGCUAAAAAGCUUAACCAUAAUGCAAGCGAACGUGAUCGUCGUAAGAAGAUUAACAGUUUGUACUCUUCCCUCCGCUCUCUCCUUCCUGCAGCUGAUCAAACGCAUUUAAGUGGUGAAUUAGAAGAAAGAAUUUGGCUUCUCCUCUCUUCAUGCCUUUCUGAAAUUUUAUAAUAGCAGUAUGUCAGGUCAGUAACAAGGCUGUAUAUAAUUACAUGAUCUAAAAAAUAUGAAUAAUAUGAGAAUCAAGCACACAGAUGUGGUAUUUCGGAAAGACUAUAUAAAUUUCCAUGUUAGUCGGAGGAGAGAAAGUUUUGCAUAUGAAAUGAUUUAUUUGACCUUUUAUUUAAGUGUUAGAAUUUUGGCAAAGUAAGAUAGUCUCAAUCAAUUAAGAAUUUAGUUCCUCUCUAGUUUUAGUGGAUUGGACUGUCUAGUCCCAUCGGCAGCGCUCACCACAAGCUCCACUUUGAUAAUUUGCUUUGUUGGUUUUUUUAUGCCCCAACAUGUAAAAUCUAUGAAAAACAAAUCAAAUUGCAAUAGUGGUAGCUAUAUAAUUUUAUCAUCUUUAUCUUCAAGAAAAUGGACAAGUAUGAUCUUGCAAAUAAACUGUUAAUGGUUUUUUAAACACCAAGAAAAUAAAAUCAGGCGAUACAAUUAUUAGACCAGUUAAUUUGAAUUUUUAUGAAUUAUCUAUACAGUGGGAUCUAAAAAUGAACAAAACAAAUUAUCAAAAUGAGUCCAUGGAGCUGGAUUCUUAGCUAAUGACAUUCAACAACAACUAAAAUAGUUUUCUUUCAUAAGCCUAUUAAAAA